UCGCCGUCGAGGGGGCGUGUCCGGCUCCGUCUGCUUGUGUGUCAGUAACACACACAGGCGACCAAUACCUGCUUUAUUAAAACACAGCACCAGUGUACGUGCCUCGGACCAGCGGUUGCAGCGCACGCCUGAAUGUGCGCAGACAAGGCAGUGUGCGUUUUGCACUGACUGGAGUCAUUAAUGCGAGCCGCCCUGCUCACCAGGAGACACAAUGUCCGACGCUGCUAGCGCUGCUAGUGCCGCUAGCGCUGCUAACCACGGAGACGCGGGGCUGAACGGGUCCUGGGUAGAGCUGGAGAUGAACAGAGGCCAUCAAGCCCAGGAACCGUCCUCAGCAGGUGAUCCGGCUCCGGGAAUGCUGCCGCUCCCUCAGGUGGAGGAAGAGGAGGCCAUAGUGGGGGGGCUGGAGCAUGUCCCUUCCUCGUCUUCAAUCCACAAUGGUGACAUGCAGAAGAUCCUGUUGGAUGCUCAGCACGAGUCAAGCCGCAGCAACUCUUCCUGUGACAGCCCCCCACGGCCCCACUCUCCACAGGAUGAGGGACAGAUCAUCUUUGAUGUGGACGUGACCAGCAGGAGAGACAGCCAAUCUGAGGAGGAAGUCCUAGACAAGGAGAGGGACAUGGACAUCCUGAUGAAGGACGCAGACUGGGUUGCUGACUGGUCCAGUAGACCAGAAAACAUUCCCCCCAAGGAAUUUCACUUUCGUCACCCUCGACGCUCAGUUUCACUCAGUAUGAGGAAGACUGGGGCCAUGAAGAAAGGAGGCAUCUUCUCUGCAGAGUUCCUCAAAGUCUUCAUCCCCUCGCUGCUGCUAUCGCACAUCCUCGCCUUGGGCCUGGGUGUCUACAUUGGAAAGAGGCUGACCACGCCACCUGCAAGCUCUUUCUGAACCUGAAAAUGAAGAAAAGUGCCUGAGAAGUAGCCGUGAGCUGCUGGAGAAAGUUUUGCUUUCGUGAGAAGAAUACCCAUCUCUCCCUGCCCUCCCUCUCAGUCCCGCCUGCCCCCGCUUCCCCUCCUUCACCCUGAGAUAUGACAUGUUCUCAGGAGAAAUGCAUCUGCCUUUUCCCCCCGUCUUCCUUCCUUCUCCUCUCUAUUUUUCUUGAACUGCUUGUUUUAUGACUGUAUGUAGAUAUCUUAUGUCCUUCACUCAUUUGUAUGAGCUUUCAAGACUUAAUAAGAUAAUACUCCUUUCCCCAAUAAUUGGGUGUAAAACUUUAUAAGGGGUGGGUUUACAGAAUGGGUUGCAGCAAUAAACCAAACUCCUCUAUCAAAUGCUAUUUCAGUGCCCUUUGAUUACCUAGCAGUUGUCAACUGUUUUAAAGUGACCACAGAUUGUGCCACCUGCACGAGUAGCCCAGCAUUCGACCAAAUUUAGAGUCGGCUACGCAGACUGCAAAUGUGAUCAUGCCUUUUUUGGGGGGGGGAAUGAGAUAUUUAGUUUUUUCUUCAUAAGUUUAUAUCAUCCUUUUUAUUUAUUUUACACCAGUGGUUGUUUAUAAAGAAGGUCUGACAAUGAAAGGAGUAAGCGUAGUGGCCAACCCAAACUAUAAGCGUUGACGAGGCAGUGUCUGUGAAGGUCUUAGUUUCAGUUCUAAACUGAAAGUAAACUGUAUUGCUAAGUGGCAGUGGCUGGAAACAGGGUGUUUUGUCGAUAUAUUGAUGUGAGUUGUACGGGCAGGAAGUGAGAUCUGUUCUGUGAGAACUAACAGUAUUCCCAAAUUGGAUCUUUGAAGUUUUUUUGUUCAUUUUGUCCUUUAAAGUGAAUCACCUGGGCUGUCUGCAGCUUUACCAUCAACUCCUGAGUACUUUUACUUCAGAUGGGCCUGAGUUUUUAGUAUUUUGUAAGUGAUUAUCAUUUGAAAAAGUCUAAAGUAUUUAUUGAAGUUAAAAUGAAUUUAUAGAAAUGUUAUUCCAAGAUAUGAAACUUUUAUUUGUAGCCAAACAUAUUAAGAUUAAAACAAUCUGUGGAGAAAUGGAGCGUGACUCCAACAGGCAGGAAGCAGCAAUACUCUCGUCUGUAUUUGCUUCUGAACUGAUGGAACUAAAGAGCAGCAGCUUCUAAGUGACUGAAGAGGGAUUAUAGAUUCUUGACCUCACGCAGUGCUGCUCCAAAACUUAUUAUCUUACUGUGGCUUCAGUGUAGUAUCUCUGACACUGGACUGUAGUAGAACAGAACCUGGGUCACUGUUUGUAGUGUAGAGGCUCACAUUUAGGUUUAUUCAGCAUGGAAUGCAAGGGUUGAUCAAACUGGCUUUAUGCAGAGCUGAUUCCUGUAGAUGACGUGUGCAGUGAGGUCUGAACCCACACGGUUCGGGGUGGCAGAGCACUGCGUUUACAGAUGUGCAGACUUGGAAACGAUGCACCGAGUUCUAGAGAAGGAGAUCAUUGCUGCCUUUCCCAGUGGCUUGUUGUCUUUUUAUUAUUUUUUUUUUGCAUUAAGUUGAACAUUGUUGCCUGCGAUGGACUGGCGACCUGUCCAGGGUGAACCCCGGACUCUGGCCUGAAAUUAGCUGAGAUAGGCUCCAGCAGACCCCCGUGACCCUGCAGAGGAUAAAGCGGGUAUAGAUAAUGGAUGGAUGGAUGGAUGAACAUUGUUGCGGAGCGAUAAAUCUCGGCAUGGCGCCAUUCUCUUGUCAAAACGCACCCGGUGUCAAAUUUCCCAGUGCGAGAAAAGAAAAGGUAAAGAAUUCUGGCUGGAACAAAAAAAAAGCACCUGACCAGCAGCGACCCAGCAAAACAAGCCUCCUCAUUAAAUCAUAUGUAGCACAUACAAGUCGAAAAGGCUUUUUUCUCUGAGACUUCUACUAAACUCUCUCUUGGUGUCGCUCUCAUGCUUCUGUACAGGUUUGAACAUGCGGUUUUGGAAAAUGGUAUAUUGGAUCAUUUUUGUCUUGUUCAGUUAAUUUUGAUCUUUUUCUUUUCUGAUAUUGAGUUAUGAACGCACAGAACAGGAGUGUGGUUUGACACAGAUCAUGUUAAACACAACUCCUUCUGCAGGGGCUGCAGUGGAAAUAGAGGGUGCACAAAGACGGUCCCCUCUGACCGCCAUGCUCUCAAAGUAGUUAGUGUAAUAAUGCUUUCAUUUGAAGUUUUUUCUCACUACAUUGGAAAAAUUGAUAAACAUUUUGUCAUUAAAGAUGACCUGAAUGAA